UGCCGGAAGUUGCCUUUUCCUGGCUAUUCUGGCGGCUCAGCUUUUUUUACAUCUCCUGAUUCCAAGGUGGCAACAGCAUACUUCUGAUUCAGCCCCUCCACUUAGCUGUAAAAAUGAAUUAAUCAGAACUGCCUGGCAUCUUCCUGAGCAAGACUUUCAAUUGGACCCAGCAUGCUUCAUUUCAUCCAGAAGUUUUCUCAGGCAUCUUCAAAGAUGCUGAAGUACCCUUUCACAUUCCGACUAGGAGCCAGCAGGAUAGAAACAGUUUCUCUCAAGACAUGUCUCCAGCAAAACUUUUCCCCUUUGUUGCCAGGGCCUUGGUUUUUCUCAUCAUUUCCAGUGUAUAUGAACAAGACACAAUACUAUCAUACUUCCCUGUGCAGCUUUAAGAAGCAGCAGAAGCAAGAAGUCCUUCCAACCAAGCCACCAGGCACCAUAACUUUCCUGCUUGAAAGCCCAAAGCCACUAUUAUACAUAAUUCUGGCAGGAGUAAUCCCCUUUGUUGCUCCACCACUGGUCAUGGUGAUGGCAAAGACUUAUAUCCCCUUAUUAGCUUUUACUCAGAUGGCUUAUGGAGCCAGUUUCCUAUCUUUCUUGGGAGGGAUCAAAUGGGGUUUUGCUCUGCCAGAAGAUAAUACAGCCAAACCAGACUUCCUCAGUUUGGCUAGUAGUACGCCUCCUCUUCUGUUUUCAUGGUUUGCCUUCCUUAUUUCUGAAAGACUCAGUGAAGCUAUAGUCACAGUAAUAAUAGGUUUGGGGAUAGCAUUACACAUUGAACUUUUUCUCUUGCCACAUUAUCCCAACUGGUUCAAAGUCCUUAAGAUAGUAGUCACUUUAGUGGCUUUGCUUUCAUUUGUAAUCACUUUACUAGUUAAAGAUAUUUAUCCAGAGAAAGGACUCAAGAAGCCUGGUCAAGUAGAAUAAAUAUAAAAACUACUUUGUAGAUAAUGUUAGCAUGUUGGCUACAAGCCUCGUAAAGUUGUGUUUUGGCAUCACCUUUUUCUUCUUCUCCUGUUUAGCUUUUGUUCCCCAUCAGUGGUUAUUUAUUCACAGAUAUUUUUUUUUCAUUUCUAGAAAUCUUUAUUUCCUAGGAAUUACUUGAUAAGAGUUUGAAAAUCCCUAACAAGUCAUUUUCACUUUAGGUUACAUUUUUCAGUGUGUAUGAAUUAUACAUAACAUUUUAAUGUUUUACUUGUUUUGAAAAACGUAAAAUGAAAAAAUGUAUAUAUAAAAUGAUAAAAAUGAAAAUCCUUUUUGCUAGAGCCUUAUGAUCAUUGAAAAAAGACACGC